AGCGAAUCAACGUUGGCUUUACUGAAGGUGGAAGCUGCUGUUUAGUAUUUCGAUUUGAAAAUAUGUCGCUGACUCGGGGCAUCGGCAAAAACGAGUACAUGAAGAAAAGGAUACCCAGAAAUGAAAAGUAUGCCCAUGUCAAAACCAGGCUGGACACAGGAUCGAGCAAAACAAAGUACAUGGAAAGACUGGAGGAGAUGAGAAAAAACUACAGGUAUCGAAAAGGCGAAAUCUUCAAGAGGUUAAAGGUGACGACCUUUGCUCAGCUGGUACUUCAGGUGGCUUCUGUUUCAGACGGGGAUCAAAGCGAGGUCAAUGAUGAAUCAAUCAACACCCAACAAGACGGUCUGUCAGUCAUCUCUGAGGCAGACCUGGAGUGUGAGUCUGAGCGGGUCAACGGCUUGUCGCUGGAGCUGCCUCUGUCGCAACAACACGACGCAGGAGACCGCAGGGAUGGCUGCCACACUGCCAGGUCAACACUCCUCAGCGUCAUCAGCGGCGUUGGAGAGCUGAACGUGGAAGGGGCCAAUCAGAAGACGGCAGAGUCCGUGUCAAGCCCCUCCUCUGCCGACACGCCCUACCUGGACUGCCCCUACCUGCUGCUGGACGUACGCGACCGCGACCAGUAUGACCGCUGCCACAUCAUCAGCGCUCACAGUUUCCCCAUCGCCAUGCUGUCUCGAACUAUGAAUCCCUACACCAAGGAAGUGCUGGAAUAUAAAAAUGCUGUGGGGAAAAUCAUCGUCGUCUACGAUGAUGACGAGAGAAUAGCCAGCCUGGCGGCUACCACCAUGUGUGAGCGGGGCUUUGAAAAUCUCUUCAUGCUCUGUGGGGGUCUCAAGGUAAUCGCCCAGAAGUUUCCGAGUGGAAUGACAACCGGCUCCUUUCCAGAGUCGUACUUGUCCACUUCCAAACCCUCCAAGGCGAGGAAAUCGUCUGUGGCCCGGCCGUCGGCGCAGGAUGCCGAGAAACGCUGGAGGUUUACGUUGGACGAGCUGGAUAAGAUCCAGGAGCAGAUGGAGGAGCUGAUCAUCUCCAAUUACUCAACCAGUCAGCUGUCCAGUCGCACAUCAUCCAGCAGCGGCCGGUCCACGGCUUCCAGCCAUCAGAGUUCCUCCACAGCCGAGAGAAAGACCUCCAGAGUUCAGAACAGCAGACCCUGGAAAUGACCCUCCACCCCUCUGCCCCGCC